AUGUCUCUCAAUUCAUCAAUCAAUGGACAUGUCAAUUAUUUAAUGGAGAAUUAUACAAUCAUUGAAAAGAUUGGGGAAGGAACAUUUGGAGUCGUUUUAAAAGCAAAGAGAAAGGCAGAUGGUAAAGUUGUGGCCUUAAAGAAAAUAAGGAUUCGGAAGCAGGAAUAUGAAGAUUUUCCAAAGAAUGUGAUUCGGGAAGCAAAGAGUUUGCAGCAUGUUAAUCAUAAUAACGUGCUGAGGUUGUAUGAAGUGUUUGUGAAUGGGUCUUCGCUUGUGCUAUCGUUGGAAUACAUGAAAACUGAUUUAGCUAAGAUAAUUAAGUCUCAAAAAACGCCUUUUCAAGAGUCACACAUUAAAUGUAUCAUGUUAAUGUUGCUGAAAGGGUUAAACAACUGUCACACAAAUAAUAUUAUGCAUAGAGAUAUUAAACCAGCCAACUUAUUGUUCAACUCUUUGGGAGAGUUAAAACUAGGAGAUUUUGGAUUGGCAACGUUGUAUCUUGGUAACGAUCAGUCAUAUUCACAUCAAGUGGCUACACGAUGGUAUAGAGCUCCAGAAUUGUUGUAUGGUAGCAGAUCCUACAAUUAUAAAGUAGACAUUUGGGCAGCAGGUUGCGUCAUGGCAGAGUUAUAUAACUUAUCUCCUCUUUUUACAGGAGAGAAUGAUAUUGAUCAAUUGUAUAAAGUGUUGACAUUGCUUGGAGUGCCAUCUGAAACCACUUGGCCAGGAGUUUCGAAAUUACCUGAUUUUGGAAAAAUUACAUUUUCAAAGGUGAAGGUUAGAGCUCUAAGUGAGCUCAUCCCAAAUGCACCAGAAAUUGCAAUUGAUCUUAUGACGCACCUUCUUCAAUUUGAUGCCAGCAAGAGAUACAGUGCUCAAGAAGCUCUCAGACACCCUUACUUUUUUACGUCUCCGCUUCCUGCUGAUUAUUCAGAGCUUAAUAUCAGUGGCAAAUGUUAA